AUUCCUCUGAAUUUGAGGCAAUUGGUUUUAUAGUCAGGAUGUCUCGCGCUUCUAAGCUGACAUUAGCUGCCACGGGCCUUGGUACGGCGGGAAUCGUCUACUUUGUGCACUGGGCGCAGGAACAAGAGAAAAUGGCAAUGCAUAAAGGAGUCGAGCGAGAUAUGGAGAAACAGCGCGUUCGAUUAGAGCGACAAGCGGAUUUCGAGAUGCAAAAGGCCUUAGAGGAGGAAUAUCGAAAGCUCCAAAAAGUUUCUCCGAGUACAGAUGGCGUUGGAUCGGGAGGAGCAGACACAAAUCUGAAUAAGGGGACAUGAUAUUGGUGGCUGUGAGAUUGCACGGUUCAAUUCAGCGGUCUGUAACGCCAGAGAUGUGACUGCUGUGAUGGGGACAUAUGUAAAAUAUACACUUUAUGUACAUUAUUAUAUACAGCCAAACGCCUUUCUUUAUGGAUUUUGCAUAGCUGCAUUCGAGAUACCUCUAGUCCUGUCCCGUUUGGGGUUAUCAGCACGUUCAGCAUACACAAAUAUGAUGAUUGAUGGCGCCAGGUGCAGU